AAAUAUGGGGCCAGUGAGUACACAUAGUAAAUAAAAUAUUAUAAUCGAUGUCGAUAGUUUAGGGUUGCAGCUUUAAGGGGCAGUGUUGAUGCAUCUAUCGUGAUUCGCGUACAUGGUCACACUACAUCACGAAGCCUGGCCACACCAAAUUGCAGUGUCUUUUUCUUUAUUUAUGUUCGUAAAUUUUUGGUUGCCUGGCUUUUUGUUGUUGCGCCACCUUAACAAUAACAAUUAAUGCGCGUCCCCGCCGCCGUCCGCGAUGCGAUCGAGUGAAUAACAGAAACAACAUUUACAUGUUCCACAUGCGAAACGCGUUGCAACGUUGCUCUGUCGUCGGGCGUCGAACAAAGCAGCAGCAGCAGCAGCAGCUGAAAACGGCGCCAUUUUAAGAAACAAAACAAGCCACGGCCGAAGGCGCAGGAAAAGUGUCAUAGUGCGAAUGCAAUGUGCGAAAUAAUAAUUACUCCACACACUCAGUACCCAACUCAGCAAACUGAAAGCCGCGAGUGAAGUGCCCAGCAAAGAAAACAAUCCAACGUUGACCUACUUUAAAUGCGAUUAAAAAAACGAAAUGUUGCUUUAAAAACACACACAACAACGCCUGGCUAAUCUCUUGCAGCUCUCAAGCGACUCCAAAAUAUGAGCAGUGGCCAAAAUGAGACGGCAGCAGCAGCAAAGGUCCUGGAAACACAAGAGUCCGGCAGUGAAAAUGAGGAAACCGAUUCUAUUACGGAUCAGUCCAGCCAAUCGAAGUCCACAAAAUCCGCCACUCAGUUCAGCGUACAACGUUCGGAUACAGAUGGCCUGCGCAUGAGAAUCUCGGCCAUCCGCCCCCUGCCAGUCGCAACUCCAGUGGAAAGUAAACCCCCAAAAAAGCCAGUUGUUUCAAAGUCCAGAAAUAUGUCCGCCCAGGACACAGAAUCCGGUUGUUCAGAGGCUAAGAACAAGGCGGUCAGCAAGAAGAUCAGAGUGAAGCGAAAGAAGAUAUCCAGUGGCAACAGUGGAAUCAGCAAGACGGAGAGGGAGAAGCCCCAUGGGUCGGGGUUCUCCUCGGAUUCGGAGGAUGAUCUGCCGCUGAAGGUGCACCAGCAGAGAGCGCCGCGACUCCUGCUGACGGCCAUCAGUCAGGCGGCACAGUCCAUUGAGAAGCCCUGCUUGGACAUUGGCAUCUCGUCGAGCGACAAUGAGCUGCCCAGUCUCGUCCAGGCGGCCAUCAACCGAGUGGAGAGCGACACGGAAGACACCACAGUCGAGGGCAGCUUCCGCAAGGCGGCCAAGGCCAAGAACCUGCCGCGCUACCAGUCCACUCUGCUGCAGGACUUCAUGGAGCGCACGCAGAUGCUGGGCCAGAGCGGCAACGCCGGCAAGCUGCCGGAGGAGACGGUCGUGAAGGCCAAGGAGGAGGUGGCGGUUCUGCAGACGGCCACACCCCGAAAGCGGAGAGGCAGACCCAAGAAGGUCGUCGCUGUGCUGCCCGCCGCCAACUCUGGACCCGCUAUCAAUGAAUCCGCCGACUCUGGAGUGAUCAGCACCACCAGCACGACGCAGAGCACCACCCCGUCGCCCAAGAUGCAAAGCGAAACUGUUCUGCCCGCUGGAACAGCGCCAGUGGCGUCCACCAGCAAGCCGAAGAUCGACAUGGCCUACCUGGACAAGCGAAUGUACGCCACGGAGCGGGUGCUGUACCCGCCGCCGAGGAGCAAGCGGCGCCAGAACAACAAGAAGCCAACCUCCAGCUCCAGCAACAAGGAGGAGCUUCAGCUGGAUCCCCUCUGGCGGGAAAUAGACGUGAACAAGAAGUUCCGGCUAAGGAGCAUGAGUGUGGGAGCGGCGAGUGCCACUGGCGCUGGCACCACCACCAUUUGCAGCAAGAUACUGGCCGCCAAGAGUGGCUACGUCUCGGACUACGGUAGCGUCCGGCAACCGAGGAGCGCCCACAACCACAAUUCGGGCUACAAGUCCGACGCCAGCUGCAAGAGCCGAUACAGCACCAAGAGCUGCAUGAGCCGCCGGAGCAGGGCCAAGAGCUGUGGCUACCGCAGCGACUGCAAGGAGUCGGGGAAGUCCGGCCUAAGAAUGCGACGGAAGCGGCGGGCUUCCAUGCUCCUGAAAACGGCAGCUGACGAUCCAACCGAAGACCAGGACAUCCUCCAACUGGCGGGUCUGUCCCUCGGCCAGAGCAGCGAGGAGAGCAACGAGUACAUCAGCAAGCCGAGUCUCCAGAGUCUGCCCACGACAAGUGCGAGCAAGAAGUACGGGGAGAUCAACCGCUACGUCACCACGGGCCAGUACUUCGGGCGUGGCGGCAGCCUGACGGCCACGAAUCCGGAGAACUUCAUCAGCAAGAUGAUGAACCAGCGCAAGGAGACCCCAGCGCCCAGCAAGUCGUCCUGCAAGAUCAAAUCCCGGCGCUCCUCGGCGGCCAGCAUGUGCAGCAGUUAUGUCUCCGGGAUGUCCAGAGUGCGUCGACGGCACCGCCGAAAGAGUUUCAGCCACAACAAGUCCCUGAACAUAGACUCCAAGCUGCUCACCGAGAUCGAGAUCAUCACGAGCACCUUCCACAGCAGGUGUCGCAUCCAGGACGACCGCCUGACGGGAAGUAGUGGCAAGGAGAAGCUCAUGGCCGAUGCCAACAAGUUGCAGGCCACGCUCACCGCGCCCAGUCCCGCCCAGCAGUUGGUGCUCAACGGCGGCGGGAGUGGCGGAGUGGGAGCACUGGCCGCUCCCCUCCCGAAGCCCGUCAAGCGGGGCCUCAAGAAGAGGAAGCUUAGCGAACCGCUGGUGGACUUCGCCAUGCUCUCGGCCAGCGCCAGUGGAGCUCCGAACGGCAGUGGCAGCAGCACCGGCACAGCCAAACGUCGCCACAAGAAGUCCCAGAGCAACGACAGCUCCAGCCCGGAUGAUCACAAGCUGCCUCUCAAGAAGCGGCACUACCUACUGACUCCGGGAGAGCGUCCGCUGGCGGAGACGGCCUUCGCCAACGGAAAACUGAACGCAGAAGCGUGGGCAGCGGCAGCGGCGGCUGCGAAGAGCACUGCGUCCACCAAGUCCCAGGCGCAGUUUAACGCCAAGAGCGCCAAGUCCGCCCUGACUCCCAAGAAGCGGCAUCUGUUGGAGCAAUCCACGCCCAGUGGUAGGCAGGGGGCGUCGUCCGCCAGCAACUCCCCCCUCAGGAUCGUCGUCGACAACAAUUCCAUCAGCGGCGGCAAGCUGCUGGACAUCAGUCCGAGCUCGCUGUGCUCCCUGAAGCAGCAAAGGAGAGUAGGCGGCGGCAAGCAGAAGGCCAUCGCCACCAGGGAGCUGGUUCAGAUGCCCUCUCCAGCCGGUAGCUACCCGCCGCCUGGAGUCUUCGAGCCAUCCGUCGAGCUGGAGAUCCAGAUACCCAUCGGGAAGCUCAACGAAUCGGUGAUAACCAAGGCCGAAGUGGAGUCUCCGCUACUGUCCGCCCUGGACAUCAAAGAGGACACCAAAAAGGAGAUUGGCCAGCGAGUGGUGGAGUCUCUGCUCCACAAAACGGGUGGCAAUCUGCUCCUGAAACGGAAGCGGAAGAAGAUCAACCGCACGGGCUUCCCAACAGUGCGUCGGAAGAAGCGGAAAGUCAGCGUGGAGCAGCAGCCGGCCGUGUUGAUGGACGAGGCUGGGCAGGCACCGGACCCCGACGACGAACCGUUGCAGUCCAUACGGGAGACCAGAAGCUCCAGCAGCGCCCAGGUACAGGUCCCGCCUACCAAUCCGCCCAUGGACUGUGAGAGGGUGCCACAGGCGGGUGAGGCGCGCGAAACCUUUGUGGCAAGGAGCAACCAGCGCGCCCCUCGCCUCUCGGUGGUGGCUCUGGAGAGGCUCCAGAGGCCGCAGACUCCAGCCAGGGGCAGACCGCGGGGCAGGAAGCCCAAGGACAAGACUGUAGUGCCACCACCGCCGCCCGAACCUGAGGUGAAGGUCGCCAAGAAACGAGGUCGGCAUCCAAAGAAACCGCCAGUGGAAGUCGCUCCCCCGCCACCCACUCCCCCAGCCCCCGCUCCCCGGCCGACGAAAACCAAACUGCAGCCCAACAUUAAGCUUCCGGCUGGCAUCGAUCCCAACACGAACUUCAGCUGCAAGAUCCGCCUGAAGCGAAGGAAGAACUUGGAUGCAGUCCACCAGGACCUGGCCAGGACCAUUAAGAGCAAGCCUGCAGCUCCGCCUCCACCUCCGCCGGCAGAGGAUGAGAUCACCGCCAGCCAGGAGGAGAUCGAUGCCGAGGCGGAGGCCAAGCGACUGGACAGCAUUCCCACUGAACACGAUCCUCUGCCCGCCGGCGAGUCCCUCAAUCCCGGGCCAUUCGACUACGCCAGCUGCAGCGACACCAGCGAGGACAAGUCGUCCACCGUCUCCACCAAGAAGCUCUCCAAGGUGAAGAAGACCUACCUGGUGGCGGGGCUCUUCUCCAACCACUACAAGCAGUCGCUGAUGCCGCCCCCGGCGAAGGUGAACAAGAAACCAGCGCAGCCGGAGGAGCAGCCGGUGGCUCCGGCCAGUCUCCUGCCACCGCCGCCCUACUGCGAGAAGUACCUGCGGCGGAGCAAAAUCGACUUCGAGCUGCCCUACGACAUCUGGUGGGCGUACACCAACUCCAAGCUGCCCACCCGGCAUGUGGUGCCCUCGUGGAACUACCGGAAGAUCCGGACAAACGUCUACGCCGAGUCAGUGCGUCCCAACCUGGCCGGCUUCGACCAUCCCACUUGCAAUUGCAAGAACCACGGCGAGAUCGCGUGCCAGGACAACUGUCUCAACCGGAUGGUGUACACCGAGUGCUCGCCCAGCAACUGUCCUGCGGCGGAGAAGUGCCGCAACCAGAAGAUCCAACGACACGAAGUGGCGCCCGGCGUGGAGCGCUUCAUGACGGAGGACAAGGGAUGGGGAGUCCGGACGAAGCUGCCAAUUGCCAAGGGCACCUACAUCCUGGAGUAUGUGGGCGAAGUGGUUACCGAGCGGGAGUUCAAGCAGCGCAUGGCCAGCAUAUACCUGAACGACACCCACCACUACUGCCUCCACCUGGACGGCGGCCUGGUCAUCGACGGCCAGCGGAUGGGCAGCGAUUGCCGGUUCGUGAAUCACUCCUGCGAGCCCAACUGCGAGAUGCAGAAGUGGAGUGUCAACGGCCUGUCCCGGAUGGUGCUCUUCGCCAAGCGAGCCAUUGCCCAGGGCGAGGAGCUCACCUACGAUUACAACUUCUCUCUGUUCAAUCCCUCCGAGGGCCAGCCCUGCAGAUGCCGAAUGCCGCAGUGCCGCGGCGUCAUUGGCGGCAAGUCGCAGAGGGUGAAGCCGUUGCCCGCCGCGGAGGCGAAGCCAUCGGAGAGCUCUCCCGGCCGGAACGGUCGCCAGCGCAAGCACAAGGCCAAGAAGCACCAGCAGCAGCAGCGGGCACAGGCCAAGGAUGCGGCUUCCUCGGUGGCAGUGGCCAAGAUGCAGCCUCUCUCCGACAAGGAGAAGAAACUAGUCAAGCAGUUCAAUACGUUCCUGGUCAGGAACUUCGAGAAGAUUCGGAAAUUUAAAGCCAAGCGCGCUGCCGCUCAGGCAUCUUCGGCCCUGACUGCAUCUGCCUCGUCGCCGGUGCAGGGCGCUACGAAUGGUGAUAUUCCAGGGCGUAGACCCUCCACGCCGUCCUCCACAUCCCUGCUGGCCACCCAGAUCUCCGCGCUCUGCACGCCACGCAACAUGAAGACUCGCGGACUGGCCCAGGCCGUUCAGGAUCCCGAGCUGGAGAAGAUGGCCAAGAUGGCUGUGAUUCUGAGGGACAUCUGCAGUACCCUGGAGUCGCGAAAGAUGUCCGAUCUUUUAACCACCGUGUCCAGCAAGAAGAAGAAGGCCAUGAAGAGCUCUUUGGGCGGCAAGCAGGGGUCGUCGGCGGGGUCUGGUCGCGUGGAAUUCCGAUCCAUACAGGCGCAGGUGGAGCAGGGCCACUACAAGUCGCCCCUGGAGUACGACGAGCACAUGCAGCAGCUCUUUGCGGACGCCAAGCAGCAACAUGGCGACGAUGAGGGAAAGGCCAAGGCCCUGCAGUCCCUGAUGGACUGCUAUGAGCAGCAGAAGACGUCCAGUUACUCCCAGCUGGUGGAGAUUCUCGGCGAAUCGGAAUCCCUGCAAAGCUUUAAGCCAAAGGAGGAGGAGUUGAUGGUUCCCACAGUGGAACUGCAAAAGGAUGUGAAGAAAUCUCCAGGAACAGGAGAUGCCACGCCACCUCCCACAGUGCCAUCGAUUCCCAUCAAUGUCCUGCCACCCAUUGAGGGAUCCAGCGACGAGGAUGUGAUCCGUUGCAUAUGUGGGCUGUACAAGGACGAGGGCCUGAUGAUUCAGUGCGCCAAGUGCAUGGUGUGGCAGCACACGGAGUGCACCAAGGCGGACAUCGAUGCGGAUAACUAUCAGUGCGAGCGAUGCGAGCCGCGGGAGGUGGACAGGGAGAUUCCAUUGGAGGAGUUCACCGAAGAAGGACAUCGCUACUAUCUCUCUCUGAUGCGGGGUGACCUGCAGGUUCGCCAAGGGGAUGCAGUGUAUGUUUUGCGCGACAUUCCCAUCAAGGACGAGGCUGGCAAGGUGCUGCCCACCAAGAAGCACACCUACGAGACAAUCGGAGCCAUCGACUACCAGGAGUGUGACAUAUUCCGGGUGGAGCACCUGUGGAAGAACGAAACUGGCAAGCGGUUCAUCUUUGGCCAUCAUUUCCUUCGGCCGCACGAGACCUUCCACGAGCCAUCGCGUCGGUUCUAUCCCAACGAAGUGGUGCGCGUCUCCCUGUACGAAGUGGUGCCCAUUGAGCUCGUCAUUGGACGGUGCUGGGUCCUGGAUCGCACCACCUUCUGCAAGGGCCGGCCCAUGGAGUGCACCGACGAGGAUCAUUGCUACAUUUGUGAACUGCGCGUGGACAAGACGGCCAGGUUCUUCUCCAAGGCCAAGGCCAAUCACCCGGCAUGCACCAAAAGCUAUGCCUUCCGAAAGUUUCCCGAAAAACUCAAGAUAUCCAAGAGCUAUGCGCCGCACGAUGUGGAUCCUUCGUUGCUUAAAACACGGAGGCAAAAGACUGAUUUAGAAGUAGCAGGAGGCGUUCCAGCCACGGCUCAGAAGACGCCGGGCAGGCAGGAGCAGCAGCAACAAAAGGCGGCUGGGAGGAAGCAGCGAGGGGUCAAUGCGGUCACAUCGGAAUCAUCUUCUGUACGAGUAUUACAACCAGUGGCGCCCAAUGGGCAGAUACUGAAAAAGAAACGGUCGCGCUUGGAAAACGUCUUAAUAACCAUGAAGCUCAAGUGUCUCGAUGCACAGACCGCCCAGGAGCAACCGAUCGACUUGUCGUACCUGCUAUCCGGACGUGGUGCUCGGCAGAGGAAGACCCAGCAGCACUCCGGCAAUGGCAACAACAGCUCGAACUGUUCUAACUAACAUAUUAAGCCAGAAAUAAGAUUAGGCGCUGUACAUACGCGGAUAUUUUAGAGGCAUUGCUUAAUAUUUAUGGAAUUUCAUCAAACAGUUAGCCCCUAGCCAUGUAAGAAGUAACGGUGAUAGUAGUAAUCCUAGAUGGUAACUUGUUAUGAACAAAUUUCGUGAAAAUAAGGCCUCCGAACUCGGCUAAGAUGGAACAGAUUACGAAUUACGGAUACUCUAAGAAUCUAUUUAUAUUGUAUUUACAGCACACUGCAUGAAGACCCUUUUUAGAUGAAUUUCUUAUGUUUUUACUUGUUUAUUGCAUUUCAAUAUUUACUUUGUUUUAUCUACUAUAAUACUAUCUACUCUCCGUCUUUACAACCGGAAGGCGUUUUAAUUUUGCAUUGUUAUUUUAAAUUAUUGUAUUAUGUUAUGGCUGAUUAUUGGAACUAUGUCCGACACCCAUAUUGGACCACUCAUUGCGCUAUUAGUUUUUAAUUAAUUUGAAAUUGUUAUUAACUGCUAACACAAAUUUUAAAACUGAAAUAAAAUGUAUAUUUUCAUUACA